UUCAUAAUGGUGAGCACAUAAUUUUUUCUUCGAAAAAAAUCACUAUAAAGGCAUUACCUGCAUCUGCACAUCUCCAUCAGGCAGUAGGCUGAUCUCAUGGAAGUGUUUUCAGUUUCCCCCACAAAUUAGUCACCAACCUUCAAAGUUUUCUCCCAUUUCCCUUGAACAUCUCUUUGUAUCAUCUUCUUUCUGUUCUUGUUCAGAUAUCAUAAUCCAUCAUGCAAUCUGGAGAGGUUGCCAGCGUUAGCUACCUUUCACCUUCGUACUACGAUAUGCCUCAUAUUUCAAAAGACUUGGAGAUCAUUCCAGUGAUGUGUGGUGUGAUCAUUUCAGAUGAAGUAUUUCAUCAUGACCAAGUAGUCAGCCAAGAUGAAGAAAGGAGGAAGAGGAGGAUGAUAUCAAACCGAGAGUCGGCUCGCAGGUCACGGAUGAGGAAGCAAAACCAUAUCAGCGAGUUGUACUCACAGGUCGUCCAUCUCCAGUCAGCAAACUGCCAGCUUCUCAAUGAGCUGAACCGAGUGAUUACAGAGUAUGAUCAGAUGGUUGACGAGAAUAGCCAGCUCAAGAAUGAAGAAGCUGAGCUGCAAAAGAAACUUGAAAAGUGUGAUGCAGAGAGAUCUAAAUGAUUGCACGAGAGAUGUUAACACGUUAACACUUUCCUUGCUCUUCGCAUCAACUAUGUGCGGCUUCAGCACCAGUCUGCUAUUGUUGCAUUCAAACCUAAUUUGGCUGCACCGAGAUAUUUAAGUAAUGAUAUCAAAUGUCUGACGAAACGAACUUCAGUUUUGAGCCUUCCAACUAAAGCAGUAUAAAUUUAUUUUGACAAGCAAGACGGGUGUGUUCUCAUUCCACCGCAUCAAAGCCAGGCAGCUUAAAAAUCAAAAGAGAGUAUGAAAUUUGUAGUCAUUUGUUACCACUAGAGUCAAAUAACAAGAGAUGAAAGGAAGAAUCAGAAUCAACUUGAAUUUAGAUUGAAUCAAUAUAGUAUUUAC